UACUAUAAGAAAACUGUUUUGCUGAGGAAGCGGAGUUUUUAAGAAUAAUACGCAUGGAAUCUAAACUCGAUAGUUACCGCAAAGUAAAACGCCGCCAAGCAUUGUUAAACGACUUCAAGGAACGUAUUUUCAACAUGGUGUCGUUUCAACAAGUGCGUUCUGAUGAAAAAGCAUCCCACGUCAUUGUCGUGGCCGACGAUCAAUCACAGACAGACGAAACAUCACCCACAAAAGGAAGCAAAGUUAAUGUACCACCGGCCGCCGUGCACGUGAAAAAGUUACACAUUGCUACAAGUCCCAAUAGAAACGUCUCAGAAUCGGAAGAAUUGGAUCAAACGUUGGAAGAAAUCGACCAACCAGAACCGGAAGAAAAGCCCCGGUCGUUCCUUACGUAUGUUACAUAUUUGGUUUAUUUCUUAUUUUGGGCCACAUUGUACGCCAUUGCUAUUGAACUUCGAUUUGGAGUAGUAUUCCUUAUGCUUUCCGCUUUGUUCGGAAUUUACUUCAAUACGCGAACGAAACGAGCUCCUGGUGAGAUAAGUGCAUACAGUGUGUUUAACAAGAAUUGCGAAGCUAUUGAUGGUACCUUGAAAGCUGAACAGUUUGAACGAGAAAUAGGAAUAAGGCAUUGAUCAUAGGAACAUUUUGACGGUGGGGUAUAUUUAUUUUUUGGGCCUAACCGAUUGUAAGAAACGGCGUAAAGCAAUGCAAAUGCAAUGUUAUAUUUGACUAUUUCUGAUUUUGUUACUACUCGUGAAGACUGUUAAGAUGUUUGUGAUUCAAAGGCAGUGUGACUGAAAAUAAAGAUCCAUUCAACUUUUUUCGUAAAG